UUUUUAAAGGGCUUACUUUCAACAUCCAAGUCAAAUUUUGGGGGAGGCAACACAAAAUGGGAGGAAACUAAUUUAGGCAGCUAUGCAUUUAGCGAAACAAGGUUCUUAGAAAUUAUAGAGGAUAUUUGUUCAGGGCAGAGCCAACAGUGUCACCAGAUGUUGGAAAAGUAUGAAGAUGUCUUGGAAAAUUGGUGGAAGAAUGUCUUUGCCAAGGGAACAAAAUCAGAUCUCAGGGAUUUCUUUUGUAUCAGAAGAACCAAAGUUUGUUGCCCACAUGGUACGUAUGGGCCAGACUGUCGAGACUGCAAGCCAGAUAGAAAAAACCCCUGUAACGGGAAUGGCAUUUGUGAUGGUGACGGUACUCAUUCGGGUACAGGAAAAUGUUCGUGUCAUCCUGGCUAUGAGGGUGAGCUAUGUGGCAAGUGUUCAGAUGGCUACUAUGCUAGAAAGCAGAGGAAUGUUGCUGCAGAUGGAGAUGCUGCAGCUAAUAAUGCUUGCUCCCAAUGUGGCGGACCAGACGUCGAAAGUUGUACUGCCUGCGCGAGCAGAUAUUUCAAAAACAACAAAGGAAUAUGUAAUCUGGAUGAAUGUACCAUGCCAGGGUUCAGACUGAGGUGUGCCCUCGACGAAUAUUGCGUCAACUCCAUUGGCUCCUAUAAAUGCUCCACCUGUCAUCCAACCUGUUUAAGUUGUCACGGGCCUGGUAGAGAUAAUUGUAAACAGUGCAAAGAUGGCUACCAUAUUGAGGAAGGCGCUUGUGUUGACACAGACGAAUGCCUGAAAUCAUCGGAAGUCUGUCCAGGUACCUCUCGGAAGUGCAUCAACCUACCCGGAUCGUACAGGUGUGAGUGUGUCGUGGGAUUCAAGGACCAUGGUGGAGUGUGUGUCCCCAAGUCACAAAGUAGGAAUGUGCUGGUUGUUGUAGUUGUAGUUGUUGCUGGUGGUGGUGUGUAG